UCAGUCCAAAUAUCUCAGCCCAGACAUUCUCCAACUCUGAGCGGUGAAAUGGCGCAGCAAGGAAUUCAGAUGGACCAGGAAAGACUCUGCUGUUCCAUCUGCCUGGAUCUACUGAAGGAUCCAGUGACUAUUCCCUGUGGACACAACUACUGUAUGAACUGUAUUAAAAGCUACUGGGAUGAAGAAGAUCAGAAGAAAGUCUACAGCUGUCCUCAGUGCAGACAGACCUUCAGACCGAGGCCUGCCCUGGUGAAAAACACCAUGUUAGCAGAUUUAGUGGAGGAGCUGAAGAAGACAGAACCUCAAGCUGCUCCAGCUGAUCACUGCUAUGCCGGACCAGGAGAUGUGUCCUGUGAUUUCUGCUCUGGGAGAAAGAUGAAAGCUCUCAAGUCCUGUCUGCAGUGUCUGGUCUCUUACUGUGAGCAACACCUCCAGCCUCACUAUGAAUCCGCUGCCUUUGAAAAACACAAGCUGGUUGACCCCUCCGAGAAGCUUCAGGAGAACAUCUGCACUCGUCACAAUGAGGUGAUGAAGAUUUUCUGUCGCACUGAUCAGCAGUGUAUCUGUUAUAUCUGCUCCAUGGAUGAACAUAAAGGCCACAACACUGUCUCAGCUGCAGCAGAAAUGACUGAGAAGCAGAAAAAACUUGGGGUAAGUCAGCAAAAAAUCCAUCUGAGAAUCCAGGACAGAGAGGAAGAUAUGAAGAAGCUUCAGCAGGAGGUGGAGGCUAUUGAUUGCUCUGCUGAUAAAGCAGUGAGGGACAGUGAGAAAAUCUUCACAGAUCUGAUCAACCUAAUUAAAAACACAAGUUCUUAUAUAGAGCGGCAGAUUAGAUUCCAGCAGAAAUGUAAAUUGAGUCAAAUCAAAGAGCUUCAGAAGACAAUAGAGCUGGAGCUCACUGAUUUGAGGCAGAAAGACACCGAGCUGAAGCAACUCUCAAACAUAGGGGACCACAUUCAGUUUCUACACAAGUAUCCCUCACUGACAUGUCUUAGUAAGUCUACAGACUCACCCAGCAUCGAUAUUCGUCCUGUACGGCAUUUUGAGGAUGUGAUGGUGGCUGUGUCAGAGGCCAGAGAUAAACUACAGGACUUACUUAGUGAUGUAUGGACCAAAAUCUCACUGACAGAGACUGAGGUGGAUGUUUUACUGCCACAAGCAGAGCCCACAACCAGAGCUGAGUUCUUACAAUAUUCAUGCCAAAUGACACUGGAUCCAAACACAGCAAACACAGAGCUGUUAUUAUCUGACGGGAACAGAAAAGCAACAGUGACGACAGACUCAAUAUUUAAGACGUUAAAGAUGACACUGGAUUUAUUUAGCAAAGUUCCACCCAGUUACCUCCACAGUCUUCAGGUCCUGAGUAGAGAGAGUUUGAAUAGACGUUGUUACUGGGAGGUGGAGUGGAGUGGGGUCGCGGUUUCAGUAGCAGUCACAUACACAAAUAUGAGAAGAGCAGUAUAUGAAAGUGGAUUUGGAAACAAUGACACAUCUUGGACAUUAGACUGUCACAAUAACACUUAUAAUUUCAGACAUAACAACAUCAGCACUUCCAUCUCUGGCCCUUGGUCCUCCAGAGUGGGAGUGUAUCUGGAUCACAGGGCAGGUAUUCUGUCCUUCUACAGCGUCUCUGAGACCAUGACUCUCCUCCACAGAGUCCAGACCACAUUCACUCAGCCGCUCUGUGCUGGACUUCGGGUUGGUUAUGACUCCACAGCUGAGCUCAAAUAGGCAGAAGUGCCAAACAUUCCCUAAUUCCAGAUUCUCAGUUGUGAGGGUUUUGGUUGUAUGUGGUCACAAACUGAAUCAGUUUUGGAUUUUGGGCUGUUAGUCUGACAAGACAAGCAAUUUUAAGUCAUCGUCUUGGAAUUUAGGAAGUUGUGAUGGUCAUUAUUCAAUAUUUUCUUACAUUUUAUUGACCAAACAAUUAAUCUCAGUUGCAGCUCCAGUUCACAUACUUGUGUACUAGACAUAAAGAUAAAUCACUUCACAAACUGCAACACUUCCUUUCUGGUAUAUCACCUUGAAUGCCCUUGUGGACUACGAUAUAGGGGGACCAAAAAAGAAGAUUUCAGGACAGCAAUCCUAUCCAGGGGUGGAUCUAAAGAAAUAUUCAUGGGGUGGCCAGAGGGUGACAUGUAGAAAACAAAAAUAUAUUUCUGAUAUAACUGCAAACAAUCACAUGUAUCAAUAGUUGCUUGGAAAUUUGAACUAAAAAACAUUAUUGUUCUUUAUAUAUGUUAUUACAGCACAUUAGUGAAGGUGGCUUUAGAAAUCAAUACAUUGUUUUAUUUCUAAAUCUUCAGACAUUUUUCUAAAAUGUGGUCAUAACAGAUCAUUAAAUUAUAUGUGUAAUUUCCAUUUUUUUAACACAUCACUUUUUGAAAAUGAAUCUGAAUUAAUUGUUAAAUUUAAAAGCAUUUGACAGCAAACUGGGAUGGCCAGGCAUUUUUUAAAAUCCGCCCCUGGACCCAGAUGAAUGAUUUUUUUUUCAUGUUUAUCAGCACCACUUGAAAAGCAUGCUCCAUCAGAGUGCAAGAUGCUGCUAAAUGCGCCUAAUGGACUAUUCCCCUGCACUACACUGACUAACUGUACACACUUUAGAACAGAAGUUGCCGGUUACUUAGACUUCAGUGUUCCAGCUCACAUAGGCUUUUCUGGCAAGGUCUAGUUUUGAUUAAUUGCAGUGGUGAUGUGCUUUCAAACUCUAACUAAUCAGUGUCCUAUGAGGAACUACUGGCAGUGCCAGCUCGAGCUACGGGCGUGGUUUGAUGCUAUGUGUGUGGUGGCUUAAAAACAACAAUGGCAGCUAAUAGAGAGGUUAGCGCAGAUGCUAUUAACAUCAGUUAUAUCAGAACUGGAGAGUAAAGAACAGCACUGAAGACUUUUAUCAAUAGAAAAUAUGUUGAGAUGAUGAGACUACAUUAUAUGGUUUGUUGAUCGGAUUGGUUUAGGGUCGCUUGUGAUUGACAGGUUCAUCCAAUCAACUACCACUCUUUUUUGAAAGUGCCUGCCUUUUUCCAAACAAUUUACAAUUUCCCAGAUAGUGUGACAAACUAUCUGUCAGGAUAUGUCUUUGUGUUACCACUUUGGUUUUUCAAAAUGGUCUCUAUUUCUCUAUUCAUUUUAUGUUCAGUUGGCAUAGAGUUAAGUUCUGUUUGGUUGACCUCUUUUAUGGGCCCAGGACUUUGUUGAUUAUAUUUACUAAAUUAUAUCUUUCAUUUGUGUAAAUGUGGGUAAAUAAAAGUUUUGAAAUUUUACCUGUGACUCCUUAUACCUGCCAGGUCACAAUAUGUUUGUCACUUUUAAAUUGUUUUUCUAAAAAGUGAUCAAGAGCAGAGCAGCAGAAACACAGAAAACUGAAAACGGUGUAUGUGACAAGAGAAAUCAGAAAUAUUAAAAAAGAAAAUAGCGUACAAUAUAAGAACCAUAAAUAAAACAUUUUAUCUGUGCAGCAUGAUGAUACUAUCAUUACUGAACAAUACACUUACUGUUGAGUGCAGUUUAGGUGCUGCCCAACACGAUAAAAGAAUACAUUUAAAAAAUCAUAAAAUAGAUAGUUUUUGGUUCCUCCUGGAUGUUCUAGAGCAAAUAUAACAAUUAUUAUAUAAACAUAACAAAUAUUUCCUAGGAAUUAAAUUAUGUACAUUAUGUAAAUGUAAUGAUCCCACAAUAUAAGAGGCUAGAGAUAAACUACAGGACAUACUUAGUGAGGAAUGGACAAAAAUCUCACUGUCACUGACUGAAGUGGAUGUUUAACUGCCACAAGCAGAGCCCAAGACCAGAGCUGUGUUCUUACAAUAUUUACGUCAAAUCACAUUGGAUCCAAACACAGCAAACACACAUCUUUUGAUAUCGGAAACAGAAAAGCAACACUUAUAAGUGACUCAGUAAUGAAGAUGAAAGUGGAAAUUAACCAAGUUACCUCCACAGUCUUCAGGUCCUGAGUAGAGAGAGUCUGACUGGACGUUGUUACUGGGAGGUGGAGUGGAGUGGGGUUGCAGUUUCAGUAGCAAAUAUGUACAAAUAUGAGAAGAGCAGUAUAUUAAAGUGGAUUUGUGAACAAUGACACAUCUUAGGCAUUGUUGUGUUUUGACAGUGGUUAUA